UGUCUUUACUUGGAAAGAAUCUAAAAAAAUUGACUGCUUUUGCCUCGUAUAUAGAUAUAUAUAGAACAGUACCAUAGAGUGAAGUCAUUUGUUAGCCUAAAUUGCCAUGCAUGAUGUAGCAAGUUAUAAGCCAUUCGCUAAAACAUCACGUCUAGCACCAGAGACAGUAACCAUUGUCCACCUAUAGCCAUUGAGGUAAAAAAAAGUUCAUCAUAAACAAUGCCAAGAGAUGAAUUCAUUUGCGUGUUGAUUCUACAGGUAGUUAAACAAACUGUGAUGACAGUUGUGUACGGCGUAACCAAGUAUGGAGCUCAACUGCAAAUAUUGCGACAGUUGCAAGAUCUGGAUGAUUUUCCACAGCAACACGCCCACAUCGCGGCCUCAUACCUUGUCCAAAAGGUGUUUUUCAGCUUACGGGAAAUGUUCACUGCAACCAGAGAAAUCCAAGAUUGGUUUACUAAUUGUGCUAAGCUAGUGGCGAAAAUCAGAUGUCGGCCAAUCAACUGGGUGACACCCCUCGGACUUCCCGUCGUCCAGCCCUACUUUGUACCUGUUAAGAAAACAUCGCUGGUGUCUUUCGGAGAAUCAAUCAAAAAGCAAUACAUCGAUCUUGGUGACCACGACGCUAAACCCAACGUGAAUAAACAGAAGAAUGCUUUCCCACCGAACUUUGUUCACAGUCUCGACUCUAGCCACAUGAUGCUGACGGCGAUUCAUGCGCAGGCAGCAGGAAUCACCUUUGUAUCCGUUCACGACUGUUUCUGGACGCAUCCGUCUACGGUGGAUAUCAUGAAUCAGUUAUGUCGCGAACAGUUCGUAGCCCUUCAUUCGUACCCAAUCCUUGAAGAUUUGUCGAUUCAUCUACAGAAACAGUUCGGUUUUCCUACAGCCGAGAUCCUCAAAGACAGUUCUGUUUCAGACAUUAUCAAGCAGAGGCUUAACAAAGUUUUGAGACAAGUUCCUCAAAAGGGUGAAUUUGAUCUAAAGGAAGUCCUCGACUCUGUGUAUUUUUUCGGCUAAUGUUCUAAUUCAACUGCUGUUUCGCAAUCAGAUCUUAUCAAACUUCCUACGAUAGAGUAUAUGAAUGCUUGCAUUCGUAAGCAUAGUUGUAGAUUAUUUUAUGGAUAUAAUAUCAUGAAAUGGGCCAAGUCGUAUUUUAAGGGAAAGAAAUAACUAUGAGUUCGUUCGAAUACGAUGUCAUAUUUAAAGUAUCAACCGUGUAAUUCGGACUUUGGCGUGUACUACUCUAGUGUAUAGGUAUUGAAAUAAUGAGUUUUGAUGUAAAUACUUUCGGAAUCACCAGGAGCGCUGCGGAGGAGUGUCACACCAUUUUUACUGUUUGUCCAAGCGCGUGUCACCUAAGACCUGCAAACGUUACGUUAAAGCGCGGAACAUGUCAUGAUGUCUCAAUUAAACAGAGUGUCCUUUAUUUUUCCUAUCUAAAUCGGAUGAAUUCUCUUUGGUGCAGAUUUUCUUUUGGAGGGAAAUAUGUAUGUUGUUGUUCUUUAAUAUCUAUUUUUUGAUCAAGAAGCAGAUAACGUCAAAUUCGAAAUAUCACGUACGACUGCGUUUACAGUUCGUUCGGGCUGAUACUUCACGUAAAUUCAUUGAAAUUCAGUGAAAUAUCACGUCGAACGGAAACACCUUGAGUCUAUGGUACUUCGAUGUCAGUUCAGCAAUUAUACGAGGAAAAGGAUAUGCAUAGGCAGUCAUUGUUGUUUGUUCCAGACAUACAACUUUUGUGUACAAUCUUUAGUAAGAAUUUUUAAUAAAGCACAUAAUUUUGCA